UAAGCGAACAUGUUCAUGUUUAGUUGGCAAAGGAGGAGUGGCACUCAAAUUCGUGACAAUGAGGUCUAAGAGCAAUUAAGUGUGAGGGAAAAAUGGCGCAAGGAGACGGUGAGGAAGGGACAGAAUGACGUGGAAGAUCGGCACCCGUCACCUUCUUCACUCCUGAGGGCAACUACGACCCUCUUUAAAAUGACCAGCACAAGCAGAAUCUGGGAUUCUCGUCGAUUCUGUCCAUCCAUCCAUUUCAAUGGAGCAGCAGCAGCACCAACGGAGGGCGUAUCCUGUUAUGUCGUCGGAGUACAGGCUGUUGCAGGAAAUCGGGCGGGGCGUGAGCGCGACAGUGUACGAGGCAGAGUGCAUCCCAAUGAAAGAGACGGUGGCCAUAAAGAGCAUAGACCUGGAGCGCCUCAACGCCAAUCUGGAUGACAUCCGGCGGGAGGCACAGACGAUGAGCCUGAUGGAGCACCCAAAUGUCCUGCGUGCCCACUGCUCCUUCAUAGUCCAGCAGAGCUUGUGGGUAGUGAUGCCCUUCAUGGCGGGCGGGUCCUGCCAGUCAAUUAUGCAGGCUGCCUUCUCUGGGGGCCUGGAAGAGCCUGCAAUUGGGCUGGUCCUGAAAGAUACCCUGAAAGCCCUGGACUACCUCCACCAACAGGGCCACAUCCACCGUGAUGUCAAGGCUGGGAACAUCCUUAUAGACUCCAAGGGCGCCGUCAAGCUUGCCGACUUUGGGGUCUCUGCCUCUGUGUUUGAGUCUGGUGCCCUCCGCCAUAAGCGCAACACCUUUGUGGGGACCCCCUGCUGGAUGGCCCCUGAGGUCAUCGACCAUGACUCUGGGUAUGACCACAAGGCGGACAUCUGGUCCUUUGGGAUCACUGCCCUAGAGCUCGCCCAUGGCCAUGCCCCCUUCUCCAAGUUUCCCCCCAUUAAGGCCCUCCUCAUGCAACUUCAGGGCGCCCCCCCUGCCUUUGAUCAUGCCACCGACAAGAAGUUCUCCCGCUCUUUCCGAGAGAUGGUGGGACUUUGCCUCGUCAAGGACCCCACUCGCCGCCCCUCCGCCGACAAAUUGCUCAAGCAUUCCUUUUUCAGGCAUACCAAGACCCCUGAGUACCUUGUCAAGCAUCUUCUGGACAAUUUGCCCCGUUUGCCUGAUAGGCUUAAGAUGAUCAGUCUCAAGAUGCAUCGCAUUCAAGAUGAUGAGGAUGAUGGCGACCCUGCUGGGAUGCCUCAUAUGAGGAGGAUUAGUGGGUGGAACUUCAAUGAGGACAAUCUGCAGUUUGAGCCCAUGUAUCGACCCUGGGAUGAGAGUGUCAAUAGGAAUUCAUCUAGUGAAUCUCUGCACCCAAAUGUUAAUGACGGUAUUGAAUGUGAGCCCAAAAAGCCCAAUCUCAAAUUAGGUCCAGGGAUACCCAGAAGUUUUAGCAACCCGGCACUGAAAGAGACUUGUGACUCUCAUACAAAUCAAAGUCCCAGAACUAGACUGAAUUCGAGUGUGUCAGACCCUCGGCCAAUUGCUGGAGGGGAGCCUGAGGUGAAUUCAUGUGCUAAUGCUGAGUCUCAUGCACAUAAACAGAACUCCCCAGGAAAGGGUUCCGAGCCUACCCAAAUGGAAGCCCGGCAGCAGCUGCCUGCCCUGAAUUUGAUGAAUCUGGGUCAGGGUGGCCAUGGAUUGAAAGCUGGUCUGAUUCAAAAGAAAGGGCGUUUCUCUGUGACUGAAGAAGAUGGUAGUGCUAUUCCUAAUAAGCCUCUUGUGCAUCAUCCUCUCCCUCCUCUCAGAAGAAUGCACAGCCUUUCUUCCUCUCAGCCCUCUUCAUCAUCUGCAGGGACCUCGUCGGUGCUUCUUUCCCCUGGAAAGAAAUACUCUCCCCAGGAUUUCAAUUCACAUCCUAGUACGCAUAAGCCUGUUUCUGCCCUCCUCCCCCAGCUGCAGAGCAUCCUGCAAUCUACCCUUACACAGCAGGACAUCAUACUGAAUCUGUUGAAUGAAAUGGGUGUUGGACCAGAUCAGUUGCCUUCUUCAACAUCCAUGCGCUGUAGGUCUCUCAGUGAAAGAGAAUCCGAGCAUAUACAGAAGAUCAUCGAGCUGCAAGGAAAGGUAUCUGGUCUGCUGGACGAAGUGCAUGCCCUUAAGGCCCAGAAUGCACAAAUCGAGCUCCAAUUGAUUGCCAUGUCUAACAAGAAUAACGAGGAUGAAAAACAGAGUUUAAGCAAGGGAGCAGCACAACCUAUUCUCUCUGCGUAAUCAUUGCACGAGCCCAUCUGCUUUGAUUCAGAACAGAGUUGAUUGUACUCUUUUUGCCUUUUAAUCUCUUAUCUUACAAAAAAGUAGGUUUUGUCUGCUUAUAGCUAGGAAAUUGCAAAUAAGUCCAAUAUCUAAGGACAAUUCACACUGCACCAACAAAUCCUCAUUGAUUUGUUUAACCAAAGCAAAUGAUUUAUCAUUUAGUCCAGUUUCGUAUUGGUAAUGGGUAUGGAAUUUAUUCUUAAUGUGGGGCGAAAUGCGACAGAAAAGUUUUACUGUUACUGCCGAUCAAAAUUAUUGAAAGAAACUGCACUGCACAUUUGUUGUCAUAGCCUGUACUGUAGAUAUUUGAUCAGAUUCCAAAUAAAAAAUUUCCUUUUGACUGUACUAAUGAAUGGGUUUGUACACAAUCCAUUCAAUCCCCAUGAAUGUCUCUGAUGUACUUAUUAACUUACCCGUCUCUUUACUG